GUGCACCAAAUCUUAAAUGAACCUCAAAAUAAAAAAAAUAUAUUUUGUUUGUAGUAUAAAUAUAGCAAAAACUUAUUCCACAUCAUCCUAAACAAAACUACUUUCCCUCUCCUUUCCCUGUUAUUCCCAAGAAUAAACACCAUUACAAGAUAUACCCUUUUCUCAAUUUUAAUUUCCCCCUUUUUCUUUCCCAUUUCCUAAACUUUUUUCUUCUGGGUUUCCUUGGCAGAAGGCCUCCUAAACUCACCCAGAAAACUAUAUGGCGUGAAUUAAAGAGACCUUCACUUUUAAGGGCUCUUUCUUAUUCUGUUUAAUUUCUUCAAUAUUUGCAAUAAGUAGAGCUCUUAGAUUUUUGACAUUUGAAAAACUUGUUAAAAUCCCCUUAAAAUGCCCAUCCCCGAAACUGAGAAUAACCGACAAAACCCAGAAGCAGAAUUAGAAGAUGAAUAUCACAAACUGGAAAUUAAGACAGGAGAAUCAUCCCCAAGAGCUGUUCUUGAAAACUCAGUUUCGAACGAUUCCUCUGUUUCUAAUAGCCCGACAAGCAGCAAUAGCAGUAGUGAAUCAAUGGAGAAACUAAGUUCACCUCAAAAAUCAAGAGGAGGAGGAGGAAUAACACCAUUCAAUCCAUUAAAUUAUGGGUUUCAAUUAAAGGGUUUUAUUGAUACAAUGAAGAAGAAAUCUGGUGUAAGAAGGUUAUCAACAACCACCAUUAAUCUGUUGAGUAGCUAUGAUAUUUCUGCAAAGAGUCUCCGUAAGAAAUUGGGUAGAAUUCGCAGUGCUGAAGAUAGUAUUGAUUUUUGUCUUCUUUCCAAAGAUAAGCCUUGUUGGAGGAACUUUAAGUAUUCAGAACUUGCUGUUGCUACUGACCAUUUUAGUCCUGGGUCACUGCUAGGGAAAGGGGGUCAUGCAGAAGUGUACAAAGGGUGUUUACCUGAUGGUACCCUUGUAGCCGUAAAGAGGCUAAAGAAGAAAGGUGAAAAGGUAGAUCAUGAGAGAACUGCUGAUUUCUUAUCAGAGCUUGGAAUCAUUGCCCAUGUAGACCAUACAAAUACUGCUAAACUUAUCGGAUUUGGUGUUGAAGGUGGUUUUUACUUGGUCCUUCAAUUCGCUCCCAAUGGCAGUGUCGAGUCUUGUCUUCAAGGCUCAGAAGGUUUAGAUUGGACAACAAGGCUUAACAUAGCUGUAGGAGUAGCAGAAGGAUUGAGUUACCUUCAUCACACCUGUCAGAGGCGAAUAAUUCACCGCGACAUUAAAGCCUCAAAUAUACUACUCGGUGAAGAUUAUGAGCCAUUGAUAUCGGAUUUUGGGUUAGCAAAAUGGCUUCCUGAUAAAUGGAUUCAUCAUGUGGUGUAUCCUAUUGAAGGCACAUUUGGAUAUCUGGCUCCUGAGUAUUUUAUGCAUGGGAUUGCUGAUGAGAAGACAGAUGUGUUUGCUUAUGGUGUACUAUUACUGGAGAUCAUAACAGGCCGUCAUGCGGUUGCCGUCGACUCCAGUAGACAAAGCCUUGUGAUGUGGGCAAAACCUUUCCUUGACUCGAGCAACAUGGAGGAAAUAGUAGAUCCAAAAUUGGGGGACAAUUAUGAUCCAGAGGAUAUGAAACGCAUAAUGAUAAUAGCAUCCUUGUGCAUUCACCAUACAGCUACUAAGCGCCCUUAUAUGAACGAGGUUGUGGAGCUACUAAGGGGUGAGCGGGGAAUGGUAGUAGAAGAGAUAAAGCAGAAAUCGAUUGCCCCGAGAUCAAUAAUUUUGGACGCUUGUGAUUUGGAAGAUUACACGAACACAAACUACCUCCAAGAUCUUGAUCGGCAUAAGGAGUUGGUCAUGGAGUGAUAUAAUGUCAUCUCUCCUUUUGUUUUUCCUGAAUCCACUUUUUCUAUGGCUAUCCCUAAAUUUUUCGUUUAUAUGGGAUGGGCAUUGAUGCUGCAAACCAGUAAUUUGCUUGGCGUCUUAGGCUAAUACUAGGGUGUUGAAUGUAAAGAUUAAGACAAUCCUACAACUUUUCCGUCAAGUGUAGGGAUUAUUCUCUGUCGUCAAGUAGCUGAGUUGAGGCUUUCGUGUCCUCACCGAUAGAGGAAAGAAACAAUGUAUUGGUUAGCUUGGGAAUCUAAUGCUUUGUACAGUUCUAAUGCUUUUGGUUCCACCAGUUGAAAGGCAAAGAAACCUUACUAGGUUUCACAGGCUAUAAGACCAGUGCAAUGGGGUAGAUAUGACUGGGCUAUAUAAAAAUGGAAAUUAAGCUUAAAUGGAUUGAAACCAUUCAACUAGAACAGGCAACUAAAACCUUUUCAAUGAAACCAUUCAACCUGCCUUGUAUUUGUUUUAACCUAAAUCACUUGAAAUGAAAGUGUUUAACACAUCACCAAGGUGAAAGAAAGAAGAAAUUACAAGAGAAAAACAGAGCACAAUAGUAGAGUAAUCACAAACACAAGUAAGAACACAAAAGCAUAUUUCAAUGGUGUCUUGGACACUUCUCCUUCAAAAUACAUCAUAUUUCAUUAAGCAUUCACCAAUAAAUCAAUGAAAUAUCUCUCACAUUGCUUAAACUUACACACUCAAACUCAAAGUUUCAAUGCUUUAAUGAAACCU